UCUGCUACUACUGCGCAUGCACAAACGAACAAAAAUCAAAUUCAACAUGGCGGGUAAACACGGAGACGACGGAUUUCACGAAACGAUUUUGCAUGGCGAUUCUCAUGUGAUGGUUCUUUCAAACAUAUAGAACCAUUGGUUAAAGAAGCAAAGAAGUUAUGGCCACAGGCGACAUGGACCCUGCCCCAAUGACAAGAGAGGAAGCAAAGAGGAUACUUCGUAGGCUGGAACUUGAUGCUUAUUCUGCAAUUGUAACAGCGUUCCGAGCACAGGGUGAUGUUGACAAAUCAAAGAAAUCAAUCUUGAAUGAACUAUCAAACCACCUGAGUAUUUCUACAGAGCGUCACAGAGCUGAAGUCCGAAGAGUGGUAAAUGAUGACAGAUUAAAUGCUGUUGCUGAGUGCAUGCAUGGCACUGGGACCUCAGCAGAGUGGUCAAUUGAGGGACGGCGGCUAGUUUCGUUAAUGCCAAGACUGGUUCCACAAACUGUGUUUACAGCCAAGGCUAGUGCAGCAGCCAGUCAAGCUGUAGAGAGCAAUCAAAAGCUACCGUUGAAAACAGAAAUUGAAGUCUUGCCACUACCAACGAAGCCGAAGACUUUACCACCUAAACCUGAUCGCCAUGAUGGAAAGGAUGAGAAAACAAAAAUUAAUCUAUUGAAUGAUAACUUGGCAAGUAAGCAAGACGAUAAAACGAAAAAGAAAAAGAAACCCAACAUCUUAUACUCAAAACCAUCACCAAUAGCAUUAAAUAAAACUUUAACGAAUCCGUUUAAACCAUCGACAACUCCCUCUUCACUGAAACCUAUGAUUAAAAGCAAUUCGUUGAAAUAUUCUGCUAGUUAUUCCGUGUCGAGAGCAAGUACAUCAUUGUCAUCGCCUGUCAAAUACUCUCCUAAGCCGAUCAUUCUGCAGAGAAGUCCAACGAAAAGUCAUCCAAACCUUUCCAGACCCCCAAGUAUUCAGCUGCAGUCGCUUAGUUCAUCGAACGUAAACACACCCUUGACUUCAUUAAGUUCUGUUAGUGGUAGCAAGAGCGAGAGUUCACUUAAUUUAAUACAGUCACCUAUGAUUAAAGUUGUGAGUAACUCUUUACAAAACAACAUCAACUCGACCUCUGCAAUAAACACUUUACAUAGUGGUAGUAUAACACAAAAAAUCAAAUUUAAAACACCUUUACCCAAACCUAAAGUAAAGUCUACUAAAUUCAAACCUAUGGUGCCAUUACAGAGGUCUGGACUUUUAUCAUCGUCAUCACAGAACGCUGACAGCGUUGUACUUGGAAGCUCUUCAUCGGUAACUGUUGCUCCCAUGUCUCCAGGAAGGCCAGGCAGCACACAGGGUGUGUCAGUGAAAGUGGUACAGGUAGCAAAGUCUGGAGUAUCAUCCACUGUUUCUUCUUCUCUUCUGAGUAAUAAACCAGUGGUGGUUGUAUCAAGUAACAAGAAUCCAUCUCAAAGAGUGUUAGCAUUUAGUACGGUUGCAAAUUCAGUUAAUCACCAAAUCAAGAUGUCGUCCACAUCACUUGCAUCAUCUGUUACAUCUAGUGUACCAAAGGGUGCACUCACCUCAAAGUCCAUGCCUCUAGCAACAGGUUUCAAAAUGAUAGCUGUUACAACAGUUGUACCAGGUACGACUCAAGUGAAGACUGUUUAUAUUGCUACUCCAAUCAUGUCCCUAACAAAAACUGUAUCACAAACUACAGCUACCUCAAUAACAACGCCGGCCGCUCAGAGUGGAAAACAUGUACCAAGUUCUCUUGCAUCAAAUCUGCAGUCUGUAGUUGCUCGUUCUAUUAAUGCUGCAGUGUUAAAUCAAACUGGAAAGUCACUUAGCUUGCAUAAUCUUCCAUCAACAGCCAUCUCUACAUCAGCGGCCUCUUUAGCACUGUCAGGAAAACCUUUAAAUCUUAUGUCAAGUGCGAAAGGACUGGGCAGUUUAAAAACAACACUCUCGGGGGGCUCUCAAAGUCUAAAGUUAUUCACUGCUAUUACUAAAAAUCGAACUGCAUUGAAUGUUACAAAUACAAUGAAGACAGCACCGUUGUUGCCUAGCACAAGUUUGUUGUCGUCCAAUGUCGGUCAACAACGUGUUGGGAAUAUUCAAAUCAAAAGCACCGACAUCCCGUCACAGCGAAACGAUAAGCAGCAAGUCCUCAACGUCACGCAUGAAGUACCUCCAAAUAUGCUCACAAAUAACUUUUUAAACAUUGGUAGUGCGACCACGAACAGCUUAAAUGCAAACAAUUCAGAACAGGUCGGUGAUCCUGGCCUGCCAACAACGUUGACGUUGAAUGUAAAUAACUUUGAUGAGGAUGUUAGUAGUACGUUGAAUUUGCUUAACGAUAAUAACAUCACCACGGAACAAAUAACAGCAUCGGCUACUGCAGAAACAGAUGAUAUGGCUUUUCUUAACGCUGGUGAGAAGUUUUUAGAACAGUUAUCCGCCAAAAUGACUGCCACCUCUCCUGACAGUCUUACAAAAACAGAAAGUUUCAUCUUUCCAGCUAAUCUCUCGAUUGGCCUUGCGAACGAAGCUUUAAACCAAACGCACAGUGUUUACGAACUCUCGAAUGAGCACGGGAUAGAAACUCUUAGUGGUGUUCAGUUAAAACAGCCCGACGUGGUUACAAAGGAUACCAAUUACUUGAUUAACCAAAAGACCCCGGGCCUUCACAACAUUGGGUUGGUGACCCCGAAGUCGUCAAAUACUUUAAGUAAUAAUAUAUCGCUAGUUAACGCCAGAUUUAAUUUAGCUGCUAGCAAUCUGAACAAUGGUACCUACCCUCAAGUGAAAGGUACUUCAAACACCCUCUCUUCGAUGCCUGCUGUAAAUAAUCUAUCCGUUUCCAAGUCCAGUUUUCAAAAAGCUGAUAUUAAUCGAACUGUGUUGAAUUAUCCGAAUAUCACGAAAGUUGGCGGGAAAACAGAUGUACUGAACAUGCAUAGUGAUAACAGCUUAAACACUGUCGGUUUUAUCAAUGUUGGGAGUACGCUUACGAUUGACAACACUCCUUCAAAUAUGGGGCUAAAAUUGACAUCCCCACAGUUGUCAAAUAAACUACAAAUGUCUAUACCAGGCUCGUCCAAACUAAAUAUAUCACCGGUUCUUGUCAAUAAUGUCAAUUCUAACAGUAGUACGAACAAUGAACUUUUUACUCAGAUAUCCAAAACACCUGUGAAUAGCUUGAUCCCUUUCUCAACUAUAAAUAGUCGGCACACAAAUGUGUCGCCAAUCGAACCCACAAGAGUUUCGAUAGGAGCCAACUCACUUAACCAAACACUUAACGGACCAGAAGUCAACCAAAAUAUCGAAACUGUUAAUGGUAAAAAGAGAAAGUUAAGCGAGACGAGUAAACAUCCACCGCGCACGCAAGCCAGUUGGAUUAGAGGCGCGGCAAACUUGUUGGCACGCGUGUCUCGUUUUCGUGGGUCCAACAAACAAAAGGGUGAAAUGAAUGCAGCAUCCUGGUUUACUAAGCCUGUUGAUCAAAACGACGCGCCAGGUUAUUACCGAAUUAUCAAGAAUCCGAUGGAUUUCGGAAGAAUAAAACGAAAAUUGGAAGAUGGAGAAUAUGCAAGCUAUCCAAACUUUUACGAUGAUAUGAUGCUCAUAAAAAAUAACUGCUACAUAUACAAUCCGGAAGGUCACGUGACCAGAAAGGAUUGUGAUGACGUUUUUUCAUUCUUUGAAGUUGAGUACAGAAAAUUGUUAGAACGAUGGGAGAAGCACCACGUCUCACCACAGAAAAAACUAAAAAUUACUCCUGAAGAUGGUGUCGAUGUUUCCUGAUGAUUACAUGGAUAUUAUUUUGCUUCGACGCAAUGUUUUCACGCCCCUUAGUGUCACGAUGUGACGUCAACUUAAACGCCGUUACUUAUUGGCGACGUGUUCAUACGACGUAAGGAGCUGUUAAAAAAUACUGCCACUGAUAUGAACUUACCGAAUAAUAAAUUAUUGUGAUGUGCAUAUCUAAAUUUAAUGACGUCUCUCACUGUAUAUAUAAUGUAAAUUUUGUAAAAUAUGGAGACAGCGUAUCUUCCUUUUUUAGCAGGCUUAUGUUGUUUUGUUUUGUUGAUUUAGUUGCCGCAAAUCAAUCUCUCUGAUUUUAAAAUAAUACAAAUUCUCCUAUUUCAUUAAAUCUCUCAAUUUUAGUUGUUUUUUUUUCUGCGUAUACAGCUUAGUGCCUGCGGAGGAGAGCUUAUAUUUACAAAAUUGCGCAUCUCCAUCGUAUGGACUAUGUAUAUUUAUAUGUAAUAGUAAAAAACAGGAGUUCCGUA